UAUAGAAUAAAUAAAAAAAAGAAAUCUACACAAUGGCAGAUCAAGUUAAUGUGUUGAUAUUGGGAGGAUGUGGUUUUAUUGGCCGCCAUUUGGUAGCAUACUUGAUUGAUAACAAUUUGGCACAAAAGAUAUGUAUUGCUGAUAAAUCGCCUCCACAAACAGCAUGGUUAAAUGAGUUGCACAAGAAAGCCUUUGAUGAUUCAAGAGUUGAGUUCCGACAAGCAAAUUUAGUCAAUCCAGCACAUGUUGAUCGUGCUUUUGCUGCCGACGGAUUUGCAUUUGAUUACGUCAUUAAUCUAGCAGCUGAGACAAGAUAUGGACAAGGAAACGAGGUUUAUGAAGAACAUGUUUACAAACUCAGUUUGAAUUGUGCAAGAAAAGCUGCGCAAUGCAAAGUGAAGAGAUAUGUUGAACUGUCAACUGCUCAAGUAUAUUCUAGUGAUAAGAAAAUAUGCGACGAGACACGAAAAACUUCACCAUGGACUGCAUUAGCAAAAUUCAAAUUACAAGUUGAGGGCGAACUGGCGAGUAUAGAAAAUUUAAACUACGUAGUUAUCCGACCAUCUAUUGUUUAUGGAGUUGGUGAUAAGCAAGGCUUAACUCCAAGAUUGAUCAUUGGUGCGGUAUACAAACAAUUACAAGAAAAAAUGAAGUUGCUAUGGACGAAAGAUCUUCAUAUGAGUACAGUACAUGUUGAGGAUACAGUAAAAGCCAUCUGGUUUCUAUGCACUAAUGGUAAACAUGGAGAAGUAUAUAAUUUGGCCGAUAAGCAAGAAUCUACCCAAGGUUCAAUCAGCGAUGUGGUGUGUCAGAUCUUUGGAAUUAAAUACGAUUUCUUCGGUACGGUGGUGUCUAAUAUGGCCAAGAUUAAUAUGAACGGUGUAGUUGAUGAUUCGAACGAAAAACAUCUGUCACCUUGGUCAGAAGCAUGCACUGCUGAUGGUAUCGAAAAUACUCCACUAAGUCCGUACUUAGAUAAGGAGUUACUAUACAACAAUCAUUUAUACGUCGAUGGAAGCAAGAUUGAAAAGUUGGGUUUUCAAUACACUAAACCAAAUGUUACGGUGGACGAGUUAAAACUGGUGGUUGAUGACUAUGUGAAGUUAGCUGUGUUUCCGCCAUCAUUAGCUGUUCAAAAGUAACCAACGAUGGAGGGUUACUUUCAGAUAAUUUUUUAUACAUAUAUGGUUUCCAUUUUUUAAAAGCUGCUGCGGAGUGAUACUUAGAAUUUGAUUCAUAUUUACGUUGUGGAGUUAACACUGUGUGAGAGUGUGGUUUUUUUUACUAUAGAUCUGUCUUACAGGGGUGGCUACACUCCUGCACAGACGUUAUUUAGACAAAGUUCAGUGCCCAGUUUAUAGUGAACGAUCUAUUUUUAGAUUUUAAUAUCUUUCAAGCUUUUGAAUGAAAAAAUUAUUUAUAUUUUUGGAUAAAUAGGAUUUCUCUUUUAUUUUGUCUUCAUAUUUAAGAUAUUUUAAUAUUUUGAAAAAUACUUUUUAAAAUGACGUCACGAAUCAUUGAGUUAUAUUGAUAAUUUUGUCUCUUUUAUUAACAAUUUAGCAAAUUUUACAUGUGAACACUUUUUUUAAAGUUUUUCCGUCCGGGUGAAUUUUCUUUAGAAUACCCAUAGUCAGGUUUCAUAAAACUGAAACUAAAAAUGAUUUUGCCCGCGCUACCUUUGUCGGUUUGAAAUCCGGGUUUCAAGCAAGAUAAUGAGUUUUGACUGGCUAUUAGUUUUACCUCACUGCAUCUGAUGUAUUUAAAAUGUGAUUAGAAUUUAUUUACAA